UCCAUUUAUGAUAUAUUCCUUGUGCAAAUUACAUGUACAUGUAUUCAUACGCAGACUCUUGACCAAUAGGAAUGAAGUAAACUGUCGCGUAUGCAAGUACCAGAGCGGGUUUUUUUAUGCAGCGGGAAUUAUCACUUCUUAGAGGGCCUUAUCAAAUGUUAAUACAUGUUCAAGUUCACGUUGUCGAAUAGGGAGACUGUCUGAGGUAUUUAUGAAUUAUCGCAUAACUGAAACUACAUUUUGUAUCGACGCACGCUUAAAACGCCUACGAAAAAAGGGUUUCCACAUAGAUGCUUCAGUCGUGGAGCACCGAAAUGUGACAUUUUCAACCAGGAAGUUCAAUGCAAACGAUUGGGGUUUUGGUUCACGCGCUGGUUCUCGCGCGAAUGCCUUUUCUUUAUAAUGGAGAUGAAUGCUUUUACCGUUGGUCUCCUGACAUAAAGACCAUAAUGGUGCGUGUGACGCACGCUGCCUGUAGUGCAGAUAAUAACAAGACGGUACAGAGCUGACAAUGACAUACGGCUGCUGACACAAAGUAAAGACUGGUUUCUUGGAUUCACUAGAAAUAUAGUUCUUGGGCAAUUCUGUUAGCGACGUUUGAGAUACCAAAAACUCAAGAGGGCGCUGCAAACGCGCAGUGCCGCUCAUUCCCACCUGUAAGUUUAUUUCAAAUGUCCUGCAGGCUCGGAAAGAAUUUACGUUCCCAGUUUGGAGAAUAAAUACCUGGGUGGUUGGGCGAGUUGUUAGGGUGGAGGAUUUCGUAUUCUAUUUUAAUCAAUAUAUACCAGUUAUCAGUUCCCUCGCCUGAGAAUUGAUUCACUUCUAAAUUUUGCUUACUGCUCCAGAGUCGAGGCAGUGUUGUUGAGCAACGUAAGUUUGCUCUUUCAACCAACAUCACUUGUCCAAAUUCUGUUCGAAUACUGUGGAUAAUAAAAGAUAGUCCCAAUUAUAUACUACUCAACAAAAGUUAAGGACCACUUUUUUCUUAACUUGUAAUUUCAGGAUGUGCAAUGAUGCAAGAAAGACUUUAUAUAGAUAGUUGGUGUGAACUUUUUUGUGAAAUACACCAGUUUCACGGUAAAAUCCAAAAAGGUAUAGUGUACGUCAAAAGGACAACCUUCUCGACACACUAAUGUUCCUAGCUGCAAGUCAUUUUGGAAACAUAAUUUGUCAUGGGGUUGUUGCAUUGUGGCGCCCCGCCAACCGCAACCGCCAAUUGAAAGGGCACCCUAUGUGUGAAUGGCAGUAUACUCGAGUGAAUGCAUCUACAAUAAAACAACCUUGCAAUGUUCAUGACAUUUGGCAUCACUGACGUCACAAUGAAUGUGCAAGCGACUACAUUCAUGUGAAAUGGCGGCCCUCCCCAUGAUGAUCAACCGCAUUCGUCGUGCUGUGUAAAAGAAGGAUAUUUAAUUUGGUUUUCCAGCCGUUUUAUAGAGUUCACAAGACACUUUCAAAACCUCUUUUGAGCGUCAGAACUGAAGCAUGAAUUUUUCAGCGAGUGAAGACUACCGUGGAGACGGUAGAGUUGUCCAACGCAUCUUAAUUAUGCAACACAUUGAUAAAGUUACCUUCCAACCUGGGGACGAGGUUCUGGACGUGGGCUGUGGAUCAGGAGAAGAGACCAAAACGAUAGCAACAAAGGUCAAAAGUGUAACAGGUAUCGAUUCUUCAGAAGCAAUGAUAGCUACGGCCCAAAACAGCAACUCAGCAUCCAAUAUCCGGUAUCUUGUCUGGGAUGCUAGAACCGUCGGCGACAACCAAGAAUGGCGAGACAGAUUUGAUAAAGUUGUGAGUUUCUUCGUGAUCCACUGGAUCCCGUCGGCAGAACAGCCUAAAGCGCUAGAGGGCAUCGUGGCCUGUUUGAAGACGGGAGGAGAGGGUCUGAUUCUUGUAGGCAUUGAUUGCAAGAAAGGCGACAUACUGGUGGACGCUUAUGCUCACUUUAAGAAACAUCCAAAGUGGGGUGUAUACAUAAAGGAUUACACGUGGCCAAUGUAUUUGUGGUGGCGACCCAUCCCAGACACCGUUGAACUACUGAAGAUGUAUGGUUGUACCAGCGUGCAUUGUGAAAUCGAAAGACGGGGUACAUCUGUGCCCGAGCUGCAAUUCAAAUUGACUGCUAAGACUCUACUUGGGUUUUUGAGUCUCAUACCGUCCGAGGAACAGGAGGCGUUCCUUGAGGAUGUGUAUCGUUGGGCGCUGUCAGACUUUGCCGACAAAACCCGGCCUGGACACGUAGUUUGCGCUGGUAAGUUUCUGGUUAUACACUUCCGCAAGUAAUGGAUGAACUUUACGUGCAACACUCAUCCAUGGAUACACCGGCAGCCAUCUUGUCGUAAGGAGGCACCGUUGUCAAGCCUUGGAGAUCUUUGAUGUGGAUGUUGACAGGGAAACUACAUUUAAUGCUGACAAAGCCGGAGUCAUCAAGCAUGGAGCAAAUAAUCGAGCAACAGAUAUAUAUGGAAAUAUUGAGAAAGUCUUAUUUACGAAAGAUGAGAUCAUUCAUUAUCCAAGAAAACUUAGUGACUAAAAAAACACCAUACUGCAUCAAUUGUUCCGAUCACAUGGCCCACCCGUUAUGAGAGGCCCAUGUCGCCCUGUCCUCCUCAGAAGCGAUCUGGGACCUGAUGAGAAGGCUUUCUCCAAGUGCUGUCCAAUCUCUGCACUUUGCUUGUUAGACAAAAGUUGUUGAAACUUUUCUCCUUUUCUCCCUCUCAUCACUGACCUGUUGCCCUGUUGGUGCAGGUAAGCCUGAAUCCCUAUUGUUUCUUGUACAUAGAUUCUUAUUAAACAUCUUGAUGUACUUUGCCCAGGUAAAUUGGUUUAUGGCACAUCAUGAUCAAAGAAUGAAUGCUCGGACGUUAAUCAUACUGUAACAUCCGCACUUUUUAAUUUUUUCAAUUCCUGUUGUAUAUUCCAUUUCUAUCGAGCCCAUUUAGAUAAUUCUUGUUUUUAUGGGAACGAUCAUUUAGUAGAGAUAUUUUUGUACUUUUUAUGCUUCACUAUCUUACUAUUAGGAAAGAAUUUUUGUGGAAUAGUUUAUUCGUGUUUUAGGAGUAUUUUACUGCAUCAAUGCUUUCUGUUGAGUAACUUGCGCAACUUGAUAAGCGUAUGUUUUUAUUGUUAUAUUCGUGUUCCCCUACUCGCCAACUUUUCGUCAUUGGUGCUUCAAGGAAAAUGAGGAUUCCAGAUCAGUCACUGGUUACGUAGGUCCACACAAUUUAGUCCAUUCAAGCCUUAUCACAAGCUAUAUAUGGUACCUAGCCAUAUGUUUGUUGCCAUGUGCAUGGAAGUAAGUGUUCCAUGUGUAAUUCUACCCUAAACUGACCUUGAGUAAGGCCAGCCACCUUUAACUAUUUAUACGUUGUUUAGCUUAUUCUACAUGUACUUGGCAUUGACCAGCUCGCCUAUGAUUGCCUAUGAAGUUUUAGCGAACUUUCCCUGAUAUUAUUUAGUGUAUUUUUUAAAAAGGUGUUCUGGGUGAACUUAUUAGUUAUGCGCUACGUAAUCAUAAUCUUGUUCAUUCCUUCGCAUGUCUUAUUAGUUUCAUUGUAUCUUAAUUUAAUUCCUGUUAUGUAGUUAAGAUUAUGUAUUAGUUUUGGUGUAACUAAACAAGACUGUUGAUCUUUAAUUAAUUAGGAGAAGCGAUCUGAGACCUGAUGCGAAGGCUGUCUCCAAGUGCUGUCUGCACUUUGCUUGUUAGACAAAAGUUGUUGAAACUUUUCUCCUUCUCAUAAUUGACCUGUGUCCUCUGUUGGUGCAGGGUACUUGCCCAUAGGUCAUGUCGCUUUGGGGAGCCGACCCGGUUCGUCUCUCUACCGUCUUCACUUAGACCCUUUCCCCAUCAUCAUGCUGGAUCUGUGAGUCUAUUGAUCUAACGAAGUACUACUAAGGACUUGGAGCUUCACCCAUGUCCACUGGUCAAGUUGGAUCAAGCAAGUUCAAGAUCACAGCUAAGCCUGAUUUUUUUUUAUUCUUGAUUGUAUAAGGGAUUGCGUUUUUUCUGUAUAAGUCAUUUGGUUCCUUUCCAGUUAUGGAUGGGAUUGCUUUGAAUCCUGUUUUCAAUUUAAAUGUAUCUUUUAAGUUGCCUGUCCAUCCAUUGUUGGUAUUUCUUGUAUAUCGCCAUGUAUUUUGGGUGAUUGUAUUUUGAAUGUAUUCUUGCAAUAAAAUUUUUUGAGGAUCAACAUAA